AUGUUACACGAUAGACGGAGAGACGGCCCAAUAAUUUGUACAAAUGAAAGAAUUAACCUCUUCAGCAAUCUUACACAAUUGGAUUUAAGCAAUAACGGCAUCCACGCACUUCCAGGCUCCAUUUUCGCAGAUCUGACGGAUUUGCGAAUACUCCUUUUACGAGGAAAUAAUUUAGAUACUGUAGAGACCAAUACAUUUGCUGGUUUGAGGAAUCUACGCUGGCUGGAUUUACGCGAUAACCAAUUGGACAAAAUUCCAAACUUUGGAAAUGAAACGCAUCCAUUCUUUCCAAAACUGUUUGAAUUAAGCUUGGGUAAAAAUAACAUUAACUCUGUCACACCUACUGAUUUCAUAGCCUUACAAAGCGCCGAAAAGUUAGACUUAGGAUGGAAUUUAAUCAAAAUUCUACCAGGCAACAUGUUUAAAUACAUGCCCAAAUUGCAACAUGUCUUGUUAAGGAAUCAGCGGAAUUUGCGAUCGAUUUUACAGAUGGCGUUUGCCAGCAAUUCUCUCAUCUAUCUUGACAUAAGCGUGAACAAAUAUACCUUUUCCUCAGACCGAUGUGACAUAUUCUCCAAUUCACCAAACUUGCACGAUCUGUCUAUGCAUGACAACCAGUUGAAUGAUAUGAAUUCUACCGCAUUAGAAACUGUGUUUCGCAAUCUUACAAAACUAAGGAAACUGUACCUCCAAAACUCUAAACUAGCAAACCUUCCUGCAAAAAUGUUCGUUAACAAUGGAAUGCUGAAUUGGCAUCCAACCAAAGCCCAAUGCACGCCGCUACCAGCAUGGGUCAUAGCCAGUGCCAUCGGGGUCUCUAUAAUGUUAUUUCUGGCACUCGUGAUAGUGGUGUCCCACCGUUAUCGAUGGUACAUACGCUACUGGUGCUUUACACUGCGUUCCCGUUACAAACGCCUCGAACCGUUUGAAGAUAACGGUGCCUUCGUAUUCGACGCAUUUGUGUCCUACAACUGUCAUGAUCGCCACUGGGUUAUUCAAAGACUGCUCCCGAAAUUGGAAUAUGACGCAGGUUUCAAACUUUGUCUUCACGACAGAGAUUUUAUCGUAGGCCAUGACAUCGUGGAUAACAUCGUAGACGCUUUAGAGGUCAGUAGAAAGGCGAUUCUCGUAUUGUCCAACAACUUUGCUCAGAGUCAAUGGUGCCAAUUGGAAAUGACGAUGGCUCAACACAAGCUAUUUGAUGAGAACAAGGAUAUCCUGGUCUUGAUAUUGCUGGAGGACAUCAAACCUGAGAACCUCAGCAAUAGACUGACCCUGUUGCUAAGGAAGCAGACCUACAUAGAGUGGCCUCGCGAGGAAGAAGGUCAAGAGCUCUUCUGGGAAAGAGUGAAGGCAUCUCUCCAAAUACACUCUGGGCAUGGAAUGCUAUAA